CCUAUUAUUUUUUCCUUCUCAAUUGUAUUUUAUAGAUAUAUAUAUUCCUGUUCCAUGCAAUAAUAAGAGAAGGUUUCAUUCUAAAGCAUUUGGUGAUGGAGAAAAGCAAGUCAUUCCCUGAAUACUCAUGCUCUUACUCUGAGUUUGGAUUCAGAGAAAGAUCCAACUCAUAUAGUUUCAAUGGUCCAACUGAGAAGGGAGGUGGAUUUUCUGCAGCAAGUGAUCCUGAGCUUAAGAGGAAGAAGAGGAUCAAGGCCUAUAAUGUGUUGACAUCAGAGGGGAAGCUCAAAACCAGUUUCAGAAACAGCUUCAAGUGGAUCAAGAACAAGUUCAGUGAUAUCCGCUAUGGUGUGUGAUUGUGUGAACCAUUAGAAUUGCUUACAAGCAAAGGUAAGAAUAUUUAAGGAAAACAAAAAGUGUUUUCAGAUCAUCAUCAAAAGUGUUUUCUUGGUUUGUAAGAGUAAGAGAAAACAAGCAAUCUAGCAUGCUUUGUAUGAAACAAUCAAGAGUUCAAAAUGUAUGUAUGUUCAUAGGAACUAUGAUUAGUAAUAGUAACAUAGACUUCUAUUGUUGUCCUUAUCUUUA